AUGGCAUUCCCGGAGAGAUGGAACUUUAAUCCUGUCGCUUGGAUGCCCCACGCUAUCCCUGACCUCGAGGACUGGGUCCAAAAGUUAGCUGCGACCUCCUCGUAUGAUGAGCGCAAAUGGCGCAAUUUAUCAAGGGGCAAAUGGGACGCCAAACAUCAUGGCAUUAGAGAUGUCUUCGAAAUGAGGCCACCCCCGCCUGGGGAAAAGACCGAGUCCCUGACUCCGAAAUCGGGGAAAGACAACAAGAGAAAGAGGGAUUUGAAACCCAAAGAUCCCCAGGAUAAGGGGGGCCCUACUCGAAAGCCAAGGAGGAAACUUAUCCAUGUGGACUUGGAUUCAACCAUCCAACAUUUGGAAGAUGAAGAGAAUGAGGGCGAAGAGUUGGCACUGGUGCCCCGGACUAGGAAACCAGUCGAGGCCGCCAAGUCCUCCGAACCUGAGACCUUGCCUCAUGAUGAAAGAACUCCGAAGAAAGACUCGGGCAAAGCCUACGAGUCCGCCAAGAUCGAGAUCAUUCCCCCUCCUUCAACAAGUACGCCGGAGGGGGCAAGUGCCGAGAGGUCCGAAGCUAAUCAGAGAGCUCCGAGUGAGGAGUUUGGGGACGUGACAAUGGGUCAUUCACCUUCUCUACCGUCUUACUCCGAAGAGGUAAUAAAGGACGCUCGGGCUCUGGGAACGCCCGACUCGAGAAAGGUUCUCGAAGAAGAUCUUUUUCGAGAUUGUUUCACCGGGAAUGACGAUGCUGUUGACCUUAAUGAUGCAUCCACCCUCUUCGAAGAGGCCAUCAACAAGUUUAGGUCCGAGCUGAGCCAAUGUGAGGCCAAGCUCAGGAAGGCUUCAGGUGAAGAGAAGGCCUUGAGGCUCCUCUGUAGCCAAAAGGAGGAGGAGCUCAAGGACCUUCGGACUGAAUUGGCCAAAGCUCGGAAAAACGAGGCCGAGCUAGAUCAGCAGCUCCGGGGCGAGGUCAAUCGAGUUAAGGCUGACUGUCACCAAUGGAAAGAGAACAUGGAUCGGCUCGCUGCUGCUAAAGAAGCUAUUCUAGCCCAAUUGGCCUCGGCUGAGACUCAGCUCCGAGGUGUAAAAGUGAAGAAUCUGGCCCAGGCCAAGAAAAUCGAGGAGCUGGAGGCAAGUCUUGCCAAAGCUGGGGCCGAGGUUGUAGAGGCCAAGGCUGAAGUUGAGAAGACAAAGGCAACGGCUGAUAAGACUAUUGCCGUAUACUUAAGGGAUGUCGAAGCGGAGCUAAGGGAGGCCUCCGACCGGGAAAAACGAAGUAAUGAUUUGGCCAAUUGCCAGGACCAGAGGGAGACUCUUAAAGAAAUCCAUGCCCGAGGAUUCGACCUCACUGAAGAAAUAGUCCAAGCAAAGGUGCUGGAAACCGAUGCUAGGUUUCUCGUUUCUUCUGAUGAUGAAGAUUCCAUUAGUGGUUCCGAGGGCGGGGAAGAAGAAGAUGGAGUCCCCGAGGAGGAGGUUCCUGAAGAUGUGACUCUCGAGGAUGCAACUCCCGAAGAUGUGGUUCCCGGGGAUGCGGCCCCCAAAGUAGAUUAG